GUCACCAUCUCAUGCGGAAGUCAAUCUACAGUGCGCGCUGCACCAAGACCUCGUACAGCGCUCCGACGGCUUGAUGCAAAAGCUUUUGAGAUGUCCCUCUACGGUCCGUGCAAACCCUGCGCACCCUAGAUAUGGUACUCGUCUCUGCCAGUGUAUGGCUCUUCCUCAGGGUCUCUCGAUUGACGCGCCGCUACCUCGUCGGCACGCGUCUCAGAGGCCCGCCCCGUGCAAACUGGUUCCUUGGCCAAGGCCACAUGCUCCUUGCUAGCAAGGACGCAGGUUCUCUCUUCGAGGGCUGGGAGAAGGAGUACGGAUCCGUAUAUGCGCUUCCUACGACUUUCGGCAUGUCUGGCAUCGUGUUAUGCGAUCCGAAGGCCGUUUCGCACUUCUAUCAAUAUGAGACGGCGCGCUACGACAAGGAGGAAGUGGCUAAAAGCUUCUUCAAGGCUUCGACAGGGGAUAGUCUCAUCAUCGCUGUGGGCGACAGUCACAAACGACAACGCAAAGCGAUGACGCCUGCUUUCAGCAACGCAGCUAUCCGAAAUGUCACGGGCACGUUUUACGAUUCCGCUUACAAGGUAACCGAUGCAUGGACAUCCAUUCUUGAAGAAUCAGACAGCAGCAUCAUCGAAGUCCAAGGCUGGAUGAGCCGUGUAUCACUCGACUCCAUCGGCAUCGCUGGCUUCUCGCACGACUUUGGCACCAUCGAUGGCAAGCACUCGGACGUUGCAGACGUUCUCGAUAGGUUCACUUCGACGAAGCCGUCUCUCGCUGCGAUCGCGGUCACGAUCCUUGGCCCCAUCUUUCCGGCUCUCAAGCACGUUCCGACUAAUAUGCUCCAGCUGUUCAAGAAUCUUAACAGCACUGUUGAAGCUGCGGCAAAGGAGCUCAUUGAACGAGUGCGCCAGGAGAAGAUGGGGUUGAUGCCCGGGAGGGAGGACAAGUCGGUCAUCGGGCUCCUUAUCAAGUCGCGUGCAGAAGGGGCGGAGCUAUACAUGUCCGAGGACGAAGUGCUAUCACAGAUUAAGUUGCUUCUCGUUGCUGGAUAUGAAACUACUUCAAUUAGCUUGUCUUGGGCAUUAGUUGAACUCGCACAAAACCAAUCUAUCCAAGACAAGUUAAGGGGCGAGCUUUUGCACUUCUCCGGCAAUGACCCUACAUACGAGCAGCUCACCAAUGGGCUCCCAUACCUUGACGCCGUCGUCUGUGAGAUCCUCCGGGUCCACUCGCCUGCUCAGGAGACCACGCGCAUCGCAACCGAAGGCGACAUCAUUCCGCUCAGCGAGCCCAUCACCGACGCCUAUGGCACUCUUAUGGAUCACGUCGUAAUCGAAAAGGGGACCCAAGUGACCGUCUCGAUCGAGCACAUGAACCGCUCCGAGAAGCUCUGGGGGCCCGACGCUAAGCGGUUCGUCCCUGAGCGGUGGCUCAAUGCCAACUCCAACUCAGACGUGGGCGGUGUGAUCGUUGGGCUCGACCCAGCGUACCGCGCACGCGAGAUACAGGGAUACAAGCACAUUCUGUCGUUCGCGGACGGCCCGCGGAUGUGUCUCGGGCGCGCGUUCGCGCUCGCGGAGUUCAAGGCGGUGUUGUGCACGCUCGUGCGGAACUUCAAGUUCGAGAUGCGAGACGAGAAGGCGGAGGUGGAGAUUGCAAGGGGGAUUUUGGCGCGCCCGAGGAUCGUGGGCGAGGAGAAGGUGGACUUGCCCUUGAGGGUUACGAGGUUGUGAUGAGGUGCCGUAUGUUUGUAUGUAUAAUGGUCAGGAAAGCCAUUAUGGAGAUUUGUUCAAGCCAUUCAUCCUAUGACGAAGCAUUUACC